AUUGAUUUGUAAUUUGCUAAUGUAGCUUACAUAGUGUAGACCAUAAGUGGUCAAUAGGUAGCUAGUUUAGGCUUUAUUGGCUUCUUUCAUACCAUCAGUUGAUGACUCGUUGUAUAGCUAGUGAAAAAUAAAGGUACAAAGGAUCUAGAGUCCUUUCAGAAACAAGCCCUAAGGAUGUUAUACUUCACACUAAUCCUGGCUCUUGUUGGUCAACUGGUCACUGCAUAUAAAAAACAGCAAAUAGCCUUGUCGGAAGCAUCUACGAAUUUCUCUGGACAACUAUAUCAGAAAAUUGCACUUAAUGAGCCAAACAUUGUAUACUCUCCAUACAGUAUUCAUUCAGUUCUGACAAUGAUCUCAGAGGGCGCUCGAGGAGAAACGUCUGCUCAGAUAAAGGACAGCCUGUCAAUUACUUCCCUUGGUGAUACAGUUCAUGCUGUUUACAAGGAACUUAUUAAGCUGCUGAAUUCUUUUAAGGAAGUAACGAUACACACUGGCAACGCGCUGUACGUGAAGCAAGAUUUACAUAUCCUUCCAGCGUUUCUCGAGAACAGUACAAAAUACUACAACGCCAAAGUGGACAACAUCAACCUCUCUGCCAAAGGAGGACCUGAGAGACCAAUUAAUGAUUACAUAGCACAGAAGACCAAGAAUGUUAUCAAGGAUGUAUUGUCGCCAGGAGACAUUAAACCUGACACGGCUUUGCUUGUCGUCAACACACUCUUCUUUAACGGAACCUGGGAAAACUCUUUCAACCCAGAACUGACGACUAAGGAAGAUUUCCAUCUUUUGGACAACACCGUGAAGCAAAUUGACAUGAUGCACGACAAUCGAUCCCUCAGGAUCAAGAAAGAUAAUCUGAAUGGUCUAGAUGUGGCUGAGAUCUCGUUCAAAGGGAACAGGUUCACAUUAAUCAUCGUUCUUCCGCAUCAAAUGGACAGCCUCACUGACCUAGAAACGUCUUUGGCCCAGCCCCACAAAGUGGAUGAAAUCUGCACUGGGCUGGACCACGUCGACGUUCAACUGGCUAUUCCAAAGUUCAAGAUUGAAACGUCCCUUGACCUAAUUCCUGCAUUGAAAGCACUGGGCAUCGAGGAUGCUUUUGAACCAGGUGUUGCCGACUUUAGUGGAAUCACGCCAACAGGUAUGUCAGUCUGUCACAAUAUAAUAUACUAUUUGAUAAUUGACUUGUCAUGUCCUGUGUAUCUAAGCCAGGUCGUCCACAAGGCGGUCAUUGAUGUCCAAGAAACCGGAACCGUGGCAGCGGCCGUCACAGUCGCUAAGGUGACUAUAACGUCCGAGCCCGUCAAUCUACAACCGGAAGAGAAAUUCAUCGUUGACCAUCCUUUCAUCUACUUCCUGAGGGACAGGCAGACUGGACAGAUACUUUUCCAGGGAAAGUUUUCAGGGUGAAAGUCUCUAUGCCACAGUACAAACAAAGAUGUCUUUUCAGGAUGAAAUGAUGAUAUGAUGUUAUGAUGAUGAUGAUGUGAUGAAGAAUAAAUUUUGAAACUACUAGAAAAAACAAG